GCCCGAAGUUGCAUUUCUUUAAUCUAUAGGACCAGGGUAUGUUGAUCAGUCUGACAGUGCCUUCUCCGCACUUUUCUUUCCCUCGAUAGAGGUCCAAACCAGCUCUUGUCAACUCACGUCUUCAAGUCGAUUUCUCUAUAGUUUGCGUUGAUCGCUGCUGUACUUGUCGUUGAUUACAUUCAUCGGUUCUACGCGUCUUUGACUAAACAGUCGGCCAGUAUGGAAGAUCUCAAAGGCAUAGGAACGCAGAUUCGCGACAGCGGCAGUGCCGAGUCGCAAUAUGAAGACGGCGAUGUUUCCGAGAAGAAAGGAACUCCCGAUGAUCGAAAAGAUAUGAAUCGUAUGGGCAAGAUACAAGAGAUGAGGCGAAACUUCAAAUUCGUCUCAAUCUUUGGCUAUGCCAUGAUCCUGAUGUCGACAUGGGAAACUGGCCUAACCACAUUGGGUAUUCCACUGCUUAAUGGUGGAACUGGAGGCGCCAUAUUCGUGUAUAUCGGUACGGUAAUCGGCAUGUGUUUUGUUACUGUGUCUAUGGCGGAAAUGGCAUCGAUGGCUCCCACCAGCGGCGGUCAAUACCACUGGGUUUCCGAGUUUGCUCCUCGAAGGCACCAGAAAUUCCUCAGUUAUCUAGUCGGCUGGCUGUGCGUCCUGGGCUGGCAGACUGGCAUACCCUCAGUCGGAUACCUCGCAGGAACCCAGAUUCAGGGCUUGAUAAUCCUCAACAACCCCAGCUAUGUCCCAGAGCGAUGGCACGGAACGCUUAUAGUAAUCGCUAUAGCGUCUUACUCCAUCAUUUUCAACACGAUACUCGCACGGAAGCUCCCUUUAGUCGAAGGCACAGUGCUGAUUCUCCACAUCUGUGGAUUUUUCGCCGUUCUCAUCGUGCUUUGGGUACUUGCACCUAGAAGCAAAGCUAGCAACGUCUUCGGUGGUUUCCAGGAUAAUGCGGGCUGGGGCAAUGUAGGCCUCUCAUGUCUCGUAGGGCAGUUGGCGCCCGUCUUUGGUUUGUUGGGCUCGGACUCUGCUACCCAUAUGUCAGAGGAGCUACGCAACGCCUCUUGGACGCUUCCACGAGCAAUGGUGUGGACCGUGGCGGUGAAUAGCGUGCUCGGCCUAGUGAUGAUCAUCACGAUUUGCUUCUGUCUCGGGGACGUUGAGACGAUUCUUUCUACGCCAACCGGGUAUCCGUAUAUCCAAGUGCUCUAUAACGCCACGGGUUCCACGGCCGCCACGUCCGUCUUGGCUUCCAUCUCUAUCAUUAUGGCGACCUUCGGCUGCGUGAACAACGUCGCCACAUCGUCUCGUCAGCUCUUCGCCUUCGCACGCGAUCAUGGUGUUCCGUUCGGCGACUUCCUAUCUCACGUCCGCCUGGGCUGGGACAUCCCCCUCAACGCCGUUCUAGUCUCGUUCGUCAUCGCCAUCCUCAUGUCUCUCAUCAACAUCGGCAGCACCGUCGCAUUCAAUAGCAUCGCCUCCCUUGGCACCUGUGCGCUGCUCUCCUCGUACAUCAUCUCUUGCUCCUGCAUGUUCAUCAAGCGCUGGCGCAACGAGCCUCUCCUCCCAUCCCGUUUCAACCUUGGAAAGUAUGGCCUCGUCAUAAAUGGGAUAUCGGUCGCUUAUCUUUGUGUCGCGUUCGUGUUUGCCUUUUUCCCCUCGGUUCCCCACCCGGCGCCAGAUUUCAUGAACUGGAACAUUCUCAUUUACGGAUGUACGGUGAUCUUUUCGCUGGUAUACUUUGUUUGGAAAGGGCGUCAUCAAUACGUUGGCCCGGUGGAAUAUUUGAACAAAGACAUGUGAUGAAGGCAGAGGGGCAAGACGUAGUGGAAAGUUGAAACCUCUAGGUGGCCAUGGGCUGAACUGGGAUGGGACAAUAGAAAGCUCACUUAGAUUUGAAGAGUACGAGACUUGAAUACACAAACAUGACAGGAGUGGAAAUCAAGAGUGUGGAGAAGUGAUUAUGUGAAGCCUUACUGCUUAUGACUAGCGCUA